AUGGAAUCGGUUAAGACUGAAAGGACGCCUGGAGUUGUUAAAGAACACAAAAACAGAGACAAGAAUAGGCCGUUAGAGACUGAACACCUCAGAAGUUCUAGAAUCAAAGCUACUUUGGAUCACUUGGAAAUAAACGUUAGCGACGGGCGAAGAGCGAAUGCAAAGGCCAGUUCAGAAAAAAAAGACUCGUACACACUUCGUUCAACGCCCGCAAAGAUCGACGCAUCCCUUUUGGGCUAUUUUAUCAACGGUGAAUGUCAUUUUGUUCCACUAAAACCGAAUGUUUUAAUUAUGGACAACAUAAAGCAACCCGUUAAAGUGCCGGAACUCACUGACGAGCAAGUUGAGGAUCAGGUGUCUUCGUCGAGUUUGGCCAAACCCACCGUCGUGUCUGCAAGGCUGAGAUCUGAAGCAGAGAAUUUCGGAGCCAAGCGGGCUGCAAGUAGGCGAAAAACAGCUGAAAAUGAUUCCGAUCUUAUGUACUUGUCACAAUUGCAGCUGACAGCUUGGAAACCUGCCAGGUUCAGGUGUCACAGGCUGGCGAAUGCAUUUGAUCAUCGUGCUGUGUUAAUGUGCCCAAUGGAACAAAUAUCGAACGAAUGUUCGGAUGAUUUUACAAAGGACGUUUGCGAAGAUCUUCUUCUUUCGAAAAUUCGUGAUGAAGCAAACGAGUACGUUUUUUUUAUUAUUGUGAAUUUUAUCUCCGUGGAUGUUUGCAAAGUAAAAAGAUUCGUUGAAGAACUCAAAAAGCAACCCACGCUAGAUGAAUUUGUUCGGAGCAUUCUUUUAAAAGCACAUGUUAUUCGAUUCGACAAACUGCUUGAAAGUCUUCGUGAUCGAUUUCCGAAUAAGGAUCUCGUAAACGCGAAUUCUGUCAUCCCUAUUCUCAACAAAUUUGCCGUUCUGCUUUGUGGCUGGUGGGUUGUAAAAAGUGACGUACUUUAUCCUCCAAAUACGUUUAGCGAGCACGCGUCUGUGCCCAGUCCACAGCUCAUUAGGGCUCGUGACUACGUGAUGGCGGUGUUUCACCGCGGUGACCACCUUACAAGGAAGACCGUUUCAUCAAUCGCCAAGCUGCCGUCGCUUGAAGUUACGGAGAUCUUGGAGCACCUUGGUACUCGCAUCUCCUCGGGUUACAGGGGACACACAAAUCAUUGGGAGUUCCGCCAACCCGAUUACAACUUCAUUCGACGGUACCCCGAUGUGGUGCACCAACACGCGACGGGCUGGGAACUCCGGAUUAGGCAGCUCUGCAGUCAGCUGAAACUUGAGCGUCUUGUCACCGACGGCGUCCAAAAGCGUCGGCGAUGCUGCUCAGGUCGGCUGUCCUCAGAAAGCGACACAGACAACGACAGCACACUUCGAACAGGCACGAAGCGCCGUCGUUCCAGACUGUUUAGCCUCUCUCCCGACCCGCUUCCCGUGUCGACUCGACCUCCGGCCAGUAAGAGAGCCCGCACAAGGAGUAUGUGCGAUCCUAGUGGACACCACCACCACCGCCGCCGCCACAACCAUCAGCCCCUUUCUCCGACAUUGCGAAGAACGGAGGUGCUAAAUACUCGCCCUAUUCCGCCCCUUUUCUCCGAAUCCGGCGCUGACAAGUCGCCAGCACUAACUUCGCCACAACGGCAGUUGGAAGCCAAUGCAAGCCAGGACAAGUCCGUUUCACCAGAGGCCAGUGAGUUACCUCCGUUGGAGGCGACGGUCCCCGCACGAAUUCACCAGGCUCCAGUCGCAGAGGCAAAUACCUUUAAGCCUGAGCCCGCGUCCCCCAAACAGCAUGAUAACGAGUUUGAAGGGCCUUCUGAACAACAGACUGCUGCGGCUCCAACUCCCAUGGAAUAUAGUCCCCCAGUACUGCAACCAGAACCACGUCGACGUCCCUCACCAAACAAGACGCCCUCCACGUCCGCCUUAGUCGGCGGAGAUGGCAUUACAGAGAAGGUGGAGGAGCCUAGCCGUCGAGAACCGGCUUACACAAUGACAGAGGAUCCGGUUAUCUGCAGUUUCGUGCAGGAAAAGCUACAAUCUCAUCCUAUCCUAGCAUUGUCGGAGUUAACCAAAGCAUGUCAGCCGUUCUUAGCCUCCCUGGGGGAUCAGAUUUCUAAGGAUCCAGCGGUGCCACCGGGAUCAGAGGCGGAGAGGGAGGUGUUGAAGUUGCAGUUGCACAACGUUGUCCUGGCCGUGGGGGGCCGAGAAUUGCGCAUCAAUUGGCCGCAGGUGCCUUCCUCGCUGCCCAAACAGCCACUUUUCGUGGCACCAGUCGCUGUCGAAUUCGGCGACCCAAGCAGUCCGCUGCAUCAGGUUCGUGAAGCGAUAUUGGAACGGUUUGAAGUUUCACCGUUUGUCACCUAUGGAAUAAUCAAAAAGAAGCUCGCCGAAACUGGUCUCAAGAUCCCUGACAACACGUUGCGCUCUACAAUAAAGAAGGACAUAGCAAUACAUCAUGAUAAACUUCGUGAAAUAACUGAAGUCUGUACAAAAGCCAAAGCACAAAAGAAAGGUAUCGUUGUUCUUACUGGACCACCAGGAUGUUCAAAAUCAACCUGCCUGCUUGCCGUUUGUCGUUCAUUGGGUUAUCAACCGCCACUUCGUUGGGAGGAAGUCGAUCUAGAGGGAGAAGAUAUUGCCUCAAAUGAAUUACAACACUUUGAGGAAUUCCUUCUCCGAUCUGCCAGGUAUUCUGUUACUGGCUCACUGGAUGCCAAUUCUAUUUCUCUCGAUUCUCAACCAUUUGUUGGUUCCCCUCAAGUAGUUCUGAUUGAGAAUCUCCCCUAUGGACUAAGCGACCAGCCAAGCCGUUUCCACAACUACCUUCGUCUUUUCCUUGCUCAGCUUGUCGUGCCUACCCUGUUAGCCUUUGUUUUCACUAAAUCCUCAUCUGCAAGCUCUGCAGGCACCCCCGGUACCUCCAGUUUUGACAACCUGACGCUAAAUCGUCUAUUUCCGCCAGACAUUAAACAAGAACUGGCCAUUGAGAGGAUAGACUUUAAUCCAAUUGCCCCAUCAAUCAUGCUGAGGGCGCUUACCCGCAUUGUCGGACUUGUUUCAAAAGAGAAUGGAAUUGCCGUGCCUCCGAAAUCAUUCAUUCAACGUUUGGUUGCCUCGAGUUCCGGCGACAUACGACUGGCUAUGAACAGCCUACAAUUCUCCAUGAUGCGGGGUCACACUUCGAAAAAGAAAACCCACCUUGGUGCUGACUUCUACGAGCGAGACUGUGGACUCGACUUCUUUCAUGCACUGGGCAAAAUUCUCCAUGCAAAAAGAAUUGAUAACUCAACUGCCGUCAGUGAAACCUACCUCCCUCCGCAUCUUUCAAACUGGAAGCGUGCUCCUCUGUCUUUCUGCCCCGAGUCUGUGCUUGACCGAUCCGGCCUUUGUGGAGACGACUUUGUGGCCUGGCUCCACGAAAACUACCUCGCCUUUCACGACACCGCCGAGAGUUCUUUUGACGUGCUGCAGUGGAUAAGCGCCCGGUUGGGUUGGUCGGACGCCCACCUCUCCGGGGGGAUGAAUUGGCGGCUUGGGUUGACCCCCUCGGCGGACAGGAACUCCACCUCGGCUUGCAGCGCUGGCGAUCACUACGGGGCACUGGUGGCGGCCCGUUCCAUCGCCAUUUGGCCUCCGUCGGUGCACCGAUUUCGUCCCCUCAAGGCGCCCCAGUUGAAGCACUUCGACCUGCAUCGGCGCGACGUCUUCGAGACUCUGCGACAGUCCUUCGAGAGUGCGUUUUCACUCGAGGGCAACCGACUCAGGGAUUUUGUCGUCGGGGGCUGGCGAUGGUGCCUUCUUGACAGACUGCCGCUUGAAAUUAAGGCUCUCGGUCCCAAAUUCCCAGGAGAUGUUGAUCUCGCGUCUUCGAUAUGCUUCUUCAAGAAGGUGAAUGGUCCAGUCGACGUGGCCUGUCGUCAAGGGAGUUGGUUCAAUAAACGCCCCAGACGUCACGAACUUGACAAAGUCGUUUCAGCUGGAGCAGAACGCUACGACAGCUCCGAAGUUGAUAACUACGAGGCCGACCAAAUCAGCAUCGAUGAGCAUUUCAGUGACGAAGAGGAUCCACUGCCCCGACUUUGA